GAAUGGGAUCAGUUCAUUUACGAUGGCGUUUUUGCAUCGUUAAUCGCUAGAAUUAACUGUCAUUCGUAUCAUUAAGAUAUUGAAUAGCAUAUAUCCAUGGGCGUAGGAGCCAUUAUAACUGAGGGGAACGUGCCCCCCCCCCCCCACUUUUUAGAAACCCUUAUUUUGUAGGCAGGGCGCAGUGGUUGCUACCGCGAUUCAGUUUGGUGUGUAGGAAAGGCCACGAUAGGGCCGAGAGACUGUCCAGUCCAGCCAGAAUGUAGACCUUUUGCCAAUGAAUGAUUAACAUUGCAGUUCACCAAUCCCUGCUUAGAGGCGGUUGGUAUAAACGACUUCCUCCGGCGACGGGCAUCUAGCUCCGACAUUGUCUGCAAUGUAUAGCUAUGGCGAAAAAAACUUCAGCUUCUAUAGGUGGUUAAAAACUGCUGUUGCUGGGGAACUUGCAAAACUUGACACGCGCUAUACUUAACGUUUGGAAGAGGUCGAGUUAUUUUUAUUCCAUUCCCAACGCCGAAGACAAACUUGGAGGAAAAGUGUCUGUUGUGGAUAAAACGUGGACACAUGCAGUCAAUACAUCAGACAAAUAGAGCUAGCUACAUUUGCAUGAAGCUCCACCGACAGAAAAUGGACAUCCUUGGGGGCGAUUAGAGUCAUGCAUUACAUUACAUUUAUUUGGCAGACCGUUUUAUCCAAAGCGAUGUACAAAAGUACAUAUCAAGGUCAUUUGAAUAACUGCAAAACAUAAGGUUCAAUAAGGUACAAUACUCAUUUCGAACAGCUAUUCAUAGUCAAGAACACAGUUCAUUUCACACAGUGAACAUAAUUCCAACCUACUUAUGCAAGUCAAACUAGGGGGAAGUACACGCUCAAAUAUUAGGACGAAAAUACAAAUUACAGUAAGUGCUGGAAUGGGGGUACAUGUAACAUGAGUGGCAUGAAAGAGGAGAAUUUAAGUGAAAUGAUCCACAGAGUGGGCCUGCCGGUUUUUUUUUAAUGCCAGAAUUUGCAUCUUUAAUAGUGCAUUUAGGCUAGUUCCAGUUUCAAGUGCAAACCAACGUGGUGAGAUUUUGUUUUGUUACAUGGAAGAUCGCUAGAUUUCACAAUUAUAAGUGUGACAGUUAUUUGUAUAGAAGGUAUGCAUUGACGUCACUUUCCCACCGGAAUAGGCAAAACCUGAGGCAAGGCCUGAGUGGCAAAACAUGCUGCGACAUGGCUGUCUUUGGUAGAGAAAACUGCAAAACCGGGAGUAACACACACAUAAAAGACAAGGGAGUGUUCAACUGCAAUGGUUAAAUGGUACUAAGGCUAACGGUAGUCCCUACACGUGAGGGACACGUAAUACAUUCCUUAAUUUCCUUAAAUUCCUGCGUUUCAAUGCUAGAAGCCUUAAAAACAAAAUAGCAGAUCUUGAGGCUGUAAUGUCAAAGUUAGGACACAUCACAGAGACUUGGCUGAGAGUCAGAGAUGGAGAGGAAUGUUACAUAGCAGGCUAGAAGAUGAUUAGAAAAGAUAGAUCCAAUAAAAAAGGUGGAGGUGUAGCUUUCUAUAUCAAAGUCAAAAUCAAACUGAAUGUUCAGGAAAUUUCAAGAACUGAAUCUUAAACUGGACAGCUCCGAAUGUAACAGGAUUGAACAUUAUGCGUGCCAACGUUUAAAAAGAUAUGAGGGUCGCUAAGAGGUGUUUUGAAAAGCAAACCGCUCUAGAUGUAAAGAGAAAUCCCAAAGGUUGAUCCAACAGGAUGCUCUGCCUAUAAACGUGUGAAUUUCUGAAAGUACCAGUUACAGCUCUAUAUCAAAAUAAUCACAGAUAUCAGCGCGCACUUUCUUCUGCUUUUUUCAGUUUUCCGUGAUUUUCAACUAUUUUGUUUUUUCGGGGAGUAUGGGGAUUAGCAUAGAGGAUUGUGGGUCUCGUCGUCUAGGCCAUGCAUUUCCUACCACACCCACAACAUGACAUAAAAAUAGACGGCGAGGAAGUUCUGCGUGAGUUUUUCAAAGGGAGACGAAGACUUCAGAUAGGUAGGAAAACUAGAUUUAUUUUGUAAAACAUGUGUUGUCUACCCGUGUAGUGGUGGGGACAGGAUUUCUAGUUGCCUGGUUUUGGGACAGGAAUAUUUUGGAAUUAAUUUGGAUGUCAGGUAUGCCAUCUGUUCGGCGGGGCAUGCCUCAUACGUAGGCUAUACGCCGAUAAUUGGACAGUUUUCAGGAUUUUCUAUUGUAAAGGUUUGGACUGGACUCGCUAAACGCAUAUAGGCGUACUCAUGUCCAAUUGGCAGUAUUCACAGCUGUUGAAAAAAAAAUUUUUUUCCGUGGAGCAUCCUUGAUAGCUAAAUUUCAUCUGUAGUCCCUUGGCAGGUAAAAAGCAGGAAAAUGUACUAAACACGUGUACAAGCAGCAAUUUGCAGUAAGAUCAAAUAAGUAUGUGCGUGUGCAUCAAUACAUUCUAACAGAAAAGUAAACAAAAAUAAAAAAUAUAGCCUAUAUAAGCAGAAAGUACCUAUAUAGCAUGAUGACAGAUAAAAUAAUAAAACAAAAUUAAAUUACAUGAAAACACAUCAACAAAGAAGAACAUGUAACCAAAGAAAUACUUAGAGCCAUAAAGUGUAUGACAGUGUCAUAAAUAAAUAUGGAAUUAUAUAAAUAAAUAGGUCCACAAAUGAUAACACAACCAGCCAAAAUUACAAAAAGGUAACAGCUUUUAGUAAAUGCCUAGUAUAGAUAAAUUCGAAUGUUAAACAUGGGUAUUUUCAGAAAGCAGUAAUGCAAAACAUUUUGUAGCAGCAGAUGAAACCAAUCCAUAAAUCAUUAGAUCCUAAAGUGCAGAUCGAGUGCAGUCCAUUAUAUAAAUAGAGACAUCAGUCUUAAAGUUUGUGCAAAUUUCGUGAACAACCAAACUAAAACAGCGGCACCGGCUCUGUGACUCCCAGUCGAACAACUUCAGUCUGUAAAGUAAUAACAUCCGACACAUCACUCAUCCUGCACGCUCCAGUCAAGCUCCUGUGCGACGAACCUCGAGCGUGGCUAUGCUUAGUGGUUUCACCCUCCUCCUGCCCCACGCCAUUGUUUCACAAAGGACGCCGUCUCCACCAUGUUGUUUUUGGCAUGCAAUAUACGGGUUACCUGGCAGGUAAGGGGGCGGCGUUAUUGACGGGACUUCCUAUCUUGUCAGACCCGAUGCCAAGGUUACCUGACAGGAAGCCAGUUAUUGGCUGGGGUUCUGAGCAUGGGGGACUUUGAUGCAGACACGGCCUUCCUCGGCAACUGGGGCAGAUUUCAGCAGAUUGUCUUUUUCCUGCUCUGCACCACCGCCGUGCCAAACGGAUUCAACGCUCUCUCCAUCGUGUUCCUGGGAGACAGCCCACCCCAUCGCUGUCUGAUCCCAGAGGCGGCAAACAUCACUGAGGAGUGGAGACAGGCCAGCAUUCCCACACAGGUGGUGAACGGGGAGACGGAGUACAGCAGGUGCACAAGAUACAGGCUGGACCUGAUCUCAAACUUCUCAGCCCAGGGCCUGUCCCCCAGUAAGGAUGUCAACCUCUCUGAAGUGCCGCUCGAGGGCUGCUCUGAUGGGUGGACCUACAGUAAGGAGACCUACCAGUCCACCAUAGUCACUGAGUUUGACCUGGUUUGUGACAAUGAAUGGAAACAGCCCUUCACUACCUCCAUCUACUUCUUCGGUGUGCUGUCUGGGUCUUUCUUCUCUGGCCAACUUUCAGACAGGUUUGGGAGAAAGCCAAUCCUUUUCAUUACCAUGGCGAUCCAGACGCUCUUCACCUUCAUCCAGGCGUUCUCUCCAUCAUGGGAGGUCUUCUCUGUGCUCUUCUUCGUCGUGGGACUGGGACAGAUCUCGAACUACGUGGCCGCAUUCGUACUGGGAACAGAGGUCCUGACUGGGCCUCCGCGGAUGAUUUACGCCUCCCUGGGAGUGUGUGGCUUCUUUGCUAUUGGCUACAUGACGCUGCCACUCUUUGCCUACUUCUGCAGGGAUUGGAGGACGCUGCUGAUUGCCUUGUCUUUGCCCAGCAUUGUCUACAUCCCCCUUUGGUGGUUCAUCCCGGAGUCCCCCCGAUGGCUUCUCUCUCAGGGCCGGGUGGAGGAGGCAGAGGCCAUUUUGAGAGAUGCUGCCAAGAAGAACAGAGUCACAGCCCCGGAGGUCAUCUUCGCCCACACAGAGGGUUCACAGAAGCAAUUUAAAAAACAGGAAUUCCAUGGCUUUCUUGAACUCCUGAAGACUAGUAACAUCCGCUGCAUCACAGGAAUGUUGUGUCUAAUGUGGUUUACUUUAACUAUAGGUUACUUUGGCCUGUCUCUGAACACAUCCAAUCUGUAUGGAGACCCUUAUCUCAACUGUUUCAUCUCUGCUGCCACUGAGAUGCCAGCUUAUGUCGCCAGCUGGUUGUCCCUGCAAUAUCUACCCAGAAGGCUGUGCUCUAGCUUCAAGAUGCUGCUAGGAGGCGGACUUCUUUUCUUCAUUCAGCUCGUACCUGCAGAUCUGCCCUCCUUGGCCAUUUCACUUGAAAUGAUAGGGAAGUUUUUCAUCGCUAGUGCAAGCGCCUUGAUAUUUGCUUACACGGGAGAGCUGUACCCCACCGUAAUGAGAAAUACCGCGGUGGGGACCUGCAGCAUGGCCUCUCGCGUGGGAAGCUCCGUCGCUCCAUACUUUGUCCACCUGGGUACAUAUGACAAGAAUUUGCCUUACAUUCUGCUGGGAAGCCUCACCAUUUUAUCAGCAGCCAUCACCCUCUUUCUGCCUGAGAGCUUUGGGCUCCCUCUGCCAGACACCAUAGAACAGAUGCCAAAAAGAGAGAGGAUAAAAUGGCCGUGUCUGUCCAGCGAACAGAAAAACCUACAAAAAAAGGGCAAGACUUAUUCACCGAAAAUCGUUGCGGAGACCAGGAUUUUGUCACCAGAACUACCUUUCCAUGAGAAAUCAUGCUGUGAGUUAGGGAUGUAACGAUAUUCUCCACUCAUGGUUCGGUGCAUUACAUGGUACAGGGUUUACAAUUCGAUACACCCAUGAAUUUUUAUUUUUAUUUUAUUUUUAUUUUUUUGCCAAUUUCUCCUAUUUUCGCCUCCUCCGAUACAUGUGGAGUCGCCAGCCGCUUCUUUUCACCUGACAGCGAGGAGUUUCACUGGGAGAGCGUAACGCAUGCGGAGGUUCAUGCUAUCUCCCCCACAUCCCCUCCCUGCCGAACAGGCGCCCCGACCAACCAGUAGGAGUCGCUAAUGCUAUGAUCAGGACUCAUACCCUCACCGGAUUCCCACCCACGAACACUGCCAAUUGUGUUCAUAGGAACGUCUAACCAAGCCGGUAGUACCGCUGCCGGGGACUGAACCCGGGAGGCGAGUGCUUAUACCUCUACACUACCCAGACGGCCACACCCAUGAUAUUUUUUAACAAAGUUUUAAUGGAAACAACUCGGGACAAGAAGAUUCCUUCUUUAUUCUUGAGCCAUAAAGUUUUUAUUUUUAUUUAUUUUUUAAUUAUUUCUUCAAUUUUGUUACCAAAAUGUAUUGUUUUCAGUAUUGAAUUUGCAAAUAAUAGAAUCUCUUUAAUUGAAAUGAAAUAAAUUGGCUUUUAAAAGCA